AUGACGACAAAAGAGCUAACGGUGCUCGAUAGGACGUACGAGAUCCUGCGGGCGCACGGCCUCACGACCAUCUUCGGCAACCCGGGCAGCAACGAGUUACCGUUCCUCGCCUCCCUGCCUGAUGACUUCAGCUACGUCCUCGGACUUCAAGAGGCUGUCGUUACGGGUAUGGCGGAGGGAUACUCUCGGGCUACGGGGCAGCCAGCCUUGGUAUCGCUGCACGCGGCCAGCGGAACGGGGAACGCAAUGGGCGCGCUCACGAAUGCGGUCUAUGCCCAUGUCCCCCUGGUGCUGCUCGCGGGACAGCAGGUGCGCCGCACGGUGGGCCAGGAGGUCAUGCUCGCCAACGUCGAUGCCGGGAUGCUAACUAAGCCACUGGUGAAGUGGGCCGGUGAGCCGCUUGCCGCCGAAGACGUCCCGAGAGCCAUGUCCCAGGCUAUCCUCGAGGCUAUCACUCAGCGAGGACCGACCUACUUGAGCGUACCGUGGGACGACUGGGCGCACAAGGCCCUAGAGUCUGAUGCCCUCCUCCCCAGCCGUCGGGUGAAGGUCUGUGGUGCCUUGUCGAGGGAUGACAAGGACGAACUCCUGCAGCGUAUCGCGAACUGGAAACGACCCGUGCUCGUGCUCGGCCCCGACGCCGAUGGCGCGCAGAAGAGCUCUGUGCAGUUGGCAGAACGUCUCGGCGCCGCGGUCUGGAUCGCGCCCUCGGCCCCGCGAUGUCCGUACCCGACAACACACGCGCACUACCGCGGCCUCCUUCCUCCCGGUGUCGAAAGGGUCCGCUCCCGCCUGGAGGAUUACGACGGCAUCCUCGUCAUCGGAGCCCCCCUGAUGCGGUAUCAUCGCUGGGAGCCGGCGGCAUACACGAAUGGGCAGGACGUGGUGCACAUCACGCAGGACAACAGCGAGGCGACCCGCGCACCAUACGGGGACAGCUACGUCGCCAACGUGCAUCAGGCUAUUGCAGCGCUGGCAGCAGACGUGCCAGAUCGGGGCGAGCGACUCGAGAGGCGCUCCACACCGCCAGCGGCAACCAGCGAGAAGGGCAUGACGGGCGAGCAAGUCCUAGCCGUCCUCGAUAAGCAUGUGGGCGACAGUAUCACGUAUGUGAACGAGGCGACGACGCUCGACGUCACGUUCCUCGAGCGCAUGAGUGUUUCCAGGGAGAAUCAGUAUCACUUCCCCGCCAGCGGCGGGCUGGGAUUCGGUCUGCCGUGUGCGGUGGGCCUGGCCCUGGGACGGCCGGACUGGACCGUCGUCGCCGUCAUCGGCGACGGGAGCGCAAACUACGCGCUGCCUGCGCUCUACGCGGCUCGGACGCACAACACGCGCACCAUCUUCGUCAUUGUCAACAACGCAUCUUACGGCGCGCUGCGCAGGUUUGCUGUUGCGCUCCAGGCCGAGUCCUCCCCAGGACUCGAUAUCCCGGGCAUCGACUUUGUGUCCCUCGCUAAGGGGUAUGGCGUGCCCGCGUCCACGGUCAGUACGCCCGAGGAGCUCGACAAGGCGUACACCGACGCUCUCGAGGCGCAAGGACCGGUGCUCAUCGACGCUCGAGUCGUACAGUGA